AAAAAACAUCUUGUUUUCUCUGUCAACAAAAUUCGAUUUCUCUCUCUCUCUCUCUCUCUCUCUCAACACCCAAAAGAAACUUCUCUCGAUUUCGUCGCCGGAGAUGGAUUUCCACAGCCUUCUCAGAAGAGAUCUUCAAUUUCUCUGCAAGAGGAACAAAAUCCCAGCCAAUAUGACCAAUCUCGCCAUGGCCGAUGCUCUCAGUGCUCUUGAGAUCGUUGAAGGUCUUGAUGAGUACAUGAAUCAAUCCGAGGUGUCUCCAACCAGUGUAGCUAAGAAGCCACCAAAUACUGCAACGAGAACAACUCGAAGAAAGACUACAGUGAAAGCUGAGCCUCAGUCGUCUUCGUUGUUGGUAUCCCGUUCUACGAGCAAGUCUCUUGCUGGAGAAAUGGACCAGGAAAACGUUCCUCAAGAACCCAAGACUAGCACUGUCAAGUUUGAAGCCAAUGUGCCCAAAACGCCAGCAGCACGAACCACAAGGAAAGCUUCAGCAGCAACUUCUUGUGCUAAGAAGGAUGAAUUGGUCCAGUCGGUGUACAGCACUAGAAGAUCAACCAGGCUGUUGGAAAAAUGUAUGGCUGAUCUGAGUUUGAAGACAAGAGAAACUUUGGAUAAGCCAGCGAGGAAUGAAGAUACAGAACAAAAAGUAUCUGCGCAGGAGAAGAAUCCAUCUGGUUCAGAGGCUGAAGUUAUCCCAGGUAGAGAUUUAAGUGUUUCUAUGGAACAAGUAUGGGAGAACUUGAAGAGUGACAGUGACCAAGUAGUUGGAGAUCUUGAGGUAUAUGUUGAUAUUGGUGAUAUUGCUGCUAUGGAUGCAAACACUGAGACCAACAAGGAAGAGAUGAGUGAAGCUAGGGCUGAUGAUAAAGAAUCUGAGAAUAGCUUAGUCAAAGUAGACAAACAAGAAGAAACUUUGCAGGUCAUGUGUGAGAAGAAGAAUGACAGUGAUCAGGAGAUUGGAGAUCUCGGUGAUAUUCCUGUCUUGGAUCAUGCAAACACUGAGACACACAAUGAUGAUAAUGGUAUUGAGUCCAAGAACGUUCUAGCUUCCAACAGUUCUUCAGUAGACCCACAAGAAACAGAACAGGCAAUUAAGGAGAAUGAGUUUGAGCCUGAGAAAAUCGACAAUUUCGAUGUAGAGGCAAAGGAGGACAAAACAGAACAGGCAAUUCAGGAGAAUGAGUGUGAGCCUGAGAAAAUCAACAAUUUCGAUGUAGAGGCAAAGGAGGACAAAACAGAACAGGCGAUUCAGGAGAAUGAGUGUGAGCCUGAGAAAAUCAACAAUUUCGAUGUAGAGGCAAAGGAGGACAAAACAGAACAGGCAAAUCAGGAGAAUGAGUUUGAGCCUGAGAAAAUCUACAGUUUCGGUGUAGAGACAAAGGUGGACCAAACCGAUAGUGAUGCUGGUGAUUCGAAAACCGAACAGGCAAUUCAGAAGAAUGACGCUGAACCUGAGAAUAUCAACAAUUUCGAUGAAGAAGACACAAUGGUGAACCAAACCAAUAGCGAUGCUGGUGAUUCAGAAACUGAACCGGAAGAUGAUUCUGAUGUUGACUCAGAGAGUACUAUCUCUGAAGCUGAUUCGAACCAAGCCGUACUGGGAUCUGAUAUUGCUGAUGAAGAGAUGACUCUUUCGGAAUCAGAAGGCUCUGCUGCUAGUGCUCCAAAUUCUCCUCCUCUUCUUGAAAAGGCUGAAGUCAAAACAACUCCGUUAUCUCCAUUUGCAGCAGGAUCAAUAUCAGUUCAAUUUCCAAGACCAUGCAAAUCGACAACUCCAUCAAAGAACUCGGCUCUGAAGCCUGUCAAUGUCGAGAACAAAGAGAACAUCAUGGAGUUGAUGAUGAAUGUUGACCAUUAUGAGAAUGGAGAGAAGAAAGGUGAAGAGGCUAAGAAGAAGAAGAAGGUCGGGAUUGAUGAAGAGAACUUGAAAGAUGCGAGCAUGAGGCAACUGAAGAAGAUGAUGAAGGACCUUACUAUAAAGAACAGUAACAGAACUGCGUUGCAGAUAUUGCCUGGUAAUAAUCAGACUGCAGAGUAGAGAGAGAGAGAGUGACUCAAACAAAUGUGCUUGUUUUUUUAUUUUCUAAUCAUACAGAUGAAAGAAAGUGUUUCCUUUUGUUAACACUUAUGCUUUGAAUAAAAAAACUCAAUUUGGAAAAAGACGUGUGUACUUUGAUUACAUUUAAAUGUUGUUGUGAUUGGACAGAAGCAACCAAACGAUGAGAAGUUCGGUGA